UACACAUGAGGUCCAAGUCCCUUUUAUAUGAUGGCGUUUGGUGUUGGUUCUCAUUAUUAUUAUUAAUGCCUAACUUUCUGUUAGGACUUAGGCGCCCCGGACAAAAGCCUGAAAGGCGUUUUAUAUCGGCAGUAAUAGGAGAUGGAAAAGAUGCAGAAAUUCUAGAUUAUAUCCCAACUUCACAGAGGUACACACAACCCAACCUGCCCUGCAACUGUUGUGGAUCAUGUGGCAGCUUGUUGUGUAAAAGUUACUGACUGAUAAGCAGGCUGUGUAGUCGAUCACCGACGAGCCGCCUGUCCGCAGCAGACAGCACAAGCGGCGCGACAGGUCAACUGGUCCGGAGUCAGGCUAACAACUUUACAAGUCCGGCAGGGCUUGACUCGUUUGGCGGAACCAGCCGUGGACAUGUCAGAGAAGGAAGAUCUGUUCCUCAGAGCCAAACACCGGACCUUCAGCGGACUCACUGAAGAUGCAGAGCGGACCUGGACCGGACCCUUCUGCUUCAUCCAAGCUGCGGACCCCCAGCUGGGGCUGAUGAAGGCCUGGAGGGAGGGGGACUGUGACGGCGGGGGGGACGAAUGGGCCGAAGAGGUGGAGCUGACCAAACAGACGGUGGAGGCCGUCAACCGGCUCCGACCCAGGCCCAGGUUCAUGGUGCUGUGUGGAGACCUGGUCCACGCCAUGCCGGGAACGCCGUUCAGAGAAGGUCAGGAGCGAGACCUGAAGGACGCCUUAAAGGGGACCGAUCCCUCCAUCCCGCUGGUGUUCGUCAGCGGCAACCAUGACCUGGGCAACACCCCGACCCCCAGCACGGUGGAGCAGUACUGCGGCGCCUGGGGGGACGACUACUUCAGCUUCUGGGUGGGCGGCGUUCUCUGCCUGGUUCUGAACUCCCAGCUGUUCUACGACGCCUCGGCCUGCCCUCAGCUGAAAGAGGCUCAGGAGACGUGGCUGGAAGCCCAGCUGAGCAAGGCCUCCUCCUCCUCCUCCUCCUCCUCCUCUACGGAGCCCAAACCAAAGCACAUCUUGGUUUUCCAGCACAUUCCUCUGUACCUAAAGAGCCCCGAUGAGGAAGAUGACUACUUCAACCUGCAGAAGGAGGUCCGGCGGAGGCUGCUGGACAGGUUCAAAAGAGCCGGCGUGAAGGCCGUCUUCUCCGGCCACUAUCACCGCAACGCCGGCGGCCGCCAUGACGGCCUGGACAUGGUGGUGAGCUCGGCCAUCGGCUGCCAGCUCGGCGACGACCCGCACGGCGUCAGGGUGGUGGCGGUGACCGCCGACGCCGUCGUCCACCGCUACCACAGCCUGGAGCAGCUGAGAGAGCGCGGCGUGGACGAGGAGCUCAGGAAGCUCCUGCAGGCCUGAGGGCCGCCAGGAAAACACCUUAAUAGCUCGGGAGGGGGGGGGGGUUCACGUCUCUGAGCCAAAAGUUUCCUUGUUUUAAUGCUUCCUUUAACCUUUAAACUAAAUAUGCAGCACCCUCCACAGCCACUGUUCCUCUGGUAGACGUGCAGAAAGCUUUUAAAUGUUUAAAUGAAUAGUUCUGCUGUGGCAGUGGCCUGAUUUCCUGACACCACCCCCCCCCCCCUCCCGGAGAAACCCGAUGCUUAACAAUUAAUUUAGUCAGAGCAGGAGAAACCUGACGUUGAGGUGAGUCAGGUGUGAUGAUGGGCUGCAGGAGUUCAGCUUUUAUGAUGCGGAUAAAUGGUCAGAAAAUAUUAGUUAUACAUUUAUAGACCAGUUCACGCGUGACGUCAGCGCUACAUCCGGGUCCCGCGGGUAGGCAAAAGCAGAACUGUUACCGUCUACUACCGUGACUAAACGGGUGAUUUAGAGCGUACGUUUAGUUUAUUUUUGGAAUCUAAACAAUGCCUACGACUUGUUGUGCUCCCGGUU